UCGGUGUACUUCUUCCCCGUGGAUUCCGAACGUUUUUUAAUUAACUUCCAGUAAUUCAAUCAUACAUCUGUAUUUGCCACUCGAGGUUUUUGUCGUACGCGGUAGAACAUCGUUGCUGUGAAUAAUAUUAUUCGCAAAAUCGCACACAAACACAUAGAUCAGAAGAGAGGAAACGAGAAGGCAGCUUAACGCCCCGGCCAUCAUGAACUCUCUAAUGAGUUAUGGCAGCGACGGCGAGAACAGCUCCGAUUCCGAUGACGCCAAGACAACCAGUACCAUCUCAAAAGCCAGCCUUGGUGCCAAAAAAACUAUUGAUGCAAUUUAUGAUCCAGUACCAAUGGACAUGAGUGAGGAAAGCAACAGCAACGACUCGGCUAAUUCUGGAAAUAGAAGUACUAGAAAUAACAAAUCACGUGUGUCCGAUUCUCUUAAGAAGGAAGGCUCGAAAAAUUCCGUUCCAACGUUGGACCUGAGGCGAACAUGCAACGAGGAGCGCUCGUCAAGCUCGCACGAAAAAGAGCAUAUCAAGCACAAGUCAGACGAACAUAAAGUAGAUAAGUACGAGAAAAAUAGUAAACAUUCGUCUGACAAGCGAUCUGGUGAUAAAAAACGUGAUCAUAAAGACAAUAAAGAUUCAAAAAGGCACAAAGAUAAUGAUAAAAAAUCUAGAGAUGACGAGAAAAAGUCACGAGACAGUGAUAAAAGAAAAGAAAAAUCUAGUAAGGACGACGAGAAGAGCGAAAGGGAUCAUCACCAUCGCGACGCCAGAAAAGACAGAGACAAGAGGGACGACAAAGACAAGCAAAGAGAUCGUGGCAGGGACAAAGAACGCGAUAAGGGAAAGGACAAAUGCCGUGACAGAAGUAGCAGAGAUAAGAGCCGUGAGAGACAAAGCAAAGACAAAAGCCGUGACAGAAGUAGCAAAGACAAAAGUCGUGACAGAAGUAGUAGGGACAAAAGCCGAGAACGCGAGAGGGACAAGGACAGACGACACAGGGACGACAGAUCGAGACACCGGGAAAACAGACGAUCGAAGGACAGAGGACGGUCUAGGUCUCGCUCCAGGUCGCGAGAUAAGUCGCAUCGGCCGUUGACGUUUAGAGAGGAGAGGGGCAAGAAUAAGCUGGCUCAGCUUGAAAAAUUGGGCAUUGAGAUAAAGGCCACGGACGAGGCGCUGCAGACCGCCCAGGAAUUUUAUAAUCCACUGACCACGGCGACACAGGGCAAAUAUGCCGAACAAAUUCAGAAGAGGAAGCUGUUGUGGCAGAACAAGAAACAAGAUGAUAACAAAACUGCAAUCACCCCUUCUUCAACGACAAGUACAUGGGUGGGUACGACAUUUACUCACGACCAAGAUGGUAAAGUCACAGCCAAGUUCAAGAGGUUGAUGGGUAUCAAAGAUAAUACGCCUAUACUUCCUACAGGAGUCAAACCUGACAUUCUCAAAAAACAAGAAGAAAUGUUCAACAAUAUGGAACAGCAGUACGAGGUAGCUCGAGCAACGACACACACGCAGCGUGGCGUUGGGCUUGGCUAUGGGUCAGGUUUUAUGUUUCCACGAUAACGUAAUUCUUUAUGGUUUAAAAAUUUUAACCAAGUGUAUUGCAGAGAUUUUUUUAAAGCGAUACUAUAAUCUGUACCUAUGCACUUCCAAAGUGUUGAAAAAUUACAACAAAAAUUUAAUACUAAUCUUGCUGUUAUAUACUACUUUGUUAAAGCAUCUACAUCUUGGAAAUUUGAGAAAAAAUCAAGCAAAUAGCCUAUAGAUUUUUAUGAAGUUUGAAUAAAUCUGCAACAUUAUACUAGAUUAAUUACAACCUGAUAAAUAAUGUGAAGUAUUUUUUUUCAUGAGUUGUCACUUUUCUUUUUUUUUUACUAUGCCUAAAAAAUUGUUUAGAAGUACUUUAAAUGCCAUCUAGCAGUUGAUUGAUUGUUUAACGUUUAAUCUGUUAUUAAAUUGGAUGAUAUGUGGUAUGAGUAUACUAAUGUAAAACAAAAAAAUUACAAUAAAAAAUCGGCUUAAUUUGA